AGAGACGGAAUCCCAAGGAUUAGUCCCAGAAAUAAAGCGAUGGCCAGCGAUUCUGGCAGCGACUACGAGGUGGAGUCCUUCAUCAAUCCCAAGCGGGUGCGGCGGACAGUCAACGACGACAGCGCCGACCUGCUGGGCAACUUCGACGACCAGAAACGCAAGGAGAUCUUCGAGGGCACGUAUGUGGACAAGGAGGAGGACGGCCGGAAUCCCAGUGAUCCGGAGGACAGCAGUAGCGAAAAGGAAGAGGCAGCUGCUGGAGAAGGUGAAGGCAGUGCAGCCUCCGGUUCCGAGGAUGAGGAGGAAGACGAGGAAGUAGCGGAAAAUGGCCAAAUAACCAGUAACCAGUUGAGCUCCCUGCUGCGCGGAGCCUCCAAGACCAACAGACAUGUUCUGUACGUGACGAACCUGAAUUUCGAGACCACAAGGGACGACCUGGAGCUGCACUUCUCGGCGGCGGGGUCGGUCAAGUCCAUCCGCAUACCCAAAAAGCGGCGUGGCGGCUUCGCCUUUGUGGAGAUGACCGACCUGCCCAGUUUCCAGAAGGCCUUCCAGCUGCACAACACGGAGCUGCAGGGUCGCCACAUCAAGGUGCAGAUCUCGGAGGCGGGCAAGAAGAAGUCGGCCAACAAGAAGAACAUCAUCAAGCAGAAGAACCGCAAGCUGGCCGAGAUGCGCAACGAGCAGAAGACCUUCACCAAGAGCGGCAAGUUCUACGACAAGGACCUGAAGAAGGAGAAGGCCAAAGAGAUGCUGGCGCGGAAGAGGUGGCGCAAGAAGCCCGCCCCCCGGCCCACAUAAAUAGUUUUUAGAUGUAGCUGUACAACCUAUGAUUAUUUAACACAAAUAACAAGUUACAAUUACCGGA